AACUAUUCUAAUCCCUAAAUCGAAGACUCAAAGAAUCAGAAUACGCCAUAAUCUUUCACAACCUCUUCCCUUCUCUCGAAUACUCAACGACAGAUCUGAAAAUCGCCCCUUCCCGGAUCACCGGCUCACCGACCGGUCACCAGUCAUCGCAUCCUCCAUCUAUUCCCUUAACUUCUGUGUCAAAGAAUUUGGAUUCUAUCAUCUUGUCACCGGCACAAUUGAUCUGAAAAUAACGUAAUUGCAAGAUCGGUACCAUCCGGGAACGAUGAGAUAACAGAAGUGAUUAGAGUAUACCGUGAAGAUAUUUGAGAUUUAAAUUCUUUGGGUAGAUAAACCCCGUGAUGACUUGUUUUACUCAAUCAACCAGUAAGAUGAGUUGUUACACUAACCCUAAUUUCUCAAAUCCCCAAUUCAAUUCAAGGCCACUUCAACCUCCUCCUCCACUGUUACCUGUACCACCAUUUCAUAUUCAGCCUCAAAUUCCUCUUCCUGAUGUACCUAAUUCACUUUCUUCUCUCAAAACACUCCUCCAAUCUUCAAACUCAACACUUCAGUAUCUUUCCUCCCAAUUUCCUCAACUUUCUAUCUCCUCCGGUGACCUGAUCCAAUGCCCUUCAAACCCUAAUCAUUGGAUUCCCCCAAAUUCCCUCUUUUCACAUUCCCUUAAUUGCCCCUCUUCACUUGAUUUGGACAUUCUUUUGGAUUCUCUCCAAUACCCUAAAACCCUAAAUUCUGAACAACAUCUGAUUCACCAAAACAAGUUUGUUCAGCCCCUUAACGAUCCUUCCUUGGAACUUUGCUUCUGUCUCGACGAUUAUGUCGAUUAUGGAUCUAAUUUCUUUUACCAGGGUUGCCCCGGUGUUGUUAGCUCACUUAAUGAUGAUGCAAGUAGGAAAAUUUUUACCCUUCCUGGGAUUUUAUCGGUUGAGUGCGCAAAUUUUGUAGUUAAUUUUGAGAGGGAAAAUGAUGGGUUUCUGGAAUUUAAUGUUAAGAUGCUUCCAUCUGAGAUUUGGGGAGUCCGACAUGAGGUUGAGCUGUGGAAUGAUCAUCCUAAUGAGUAUUCAUAUAAUGUUGUUAAGGCAUUUUUGUGUAUGGGUUGUGUGAAUGAAUGCGAUUUGUUGACGUGGUUGAUUUCGAAUUCAUCUCGUUUUGGUGUUGUGAUUGAUGUUUCCAUGAGGGAUCAUAUGUCUGUUCUGUUUAGAAUUUGCUUGAAAGCAAUGGUGAGAGAGGCUGCACAUUCUCACGAGUCUGUGUUUGAGAGUGAGAUGGGUGAUAAUGGUCCUAAAUUGGAUAGGAAGGCAUCCAUUUUCAAGUGUCCUGUUACUGUUGAAGCUCUGAGAUGGUUGGUAUCACAAUUGGCAAUUUUGUAUGGCCAAGUGAAUGCAAAGUCUCUUGUUUUAGCAAUGCUUAGACAACUUUUGUAUGAUGCAGCAUCUAAUGCCUCGUUUUUUCCUCUACACAAGAAACUUGAGCAGACUUCAGCCACUGAGGAAGAGACCUCAGGGGAGGCCACGAAGAAUGAAAGGGAUGAUAGAACAGAUAAAAGAAUAUUUAGCAAGUCUGUUUUUGUUUACCAAAUAGCUGCAGCUAUAGCUGCAUUGCAUGAAAGGUCAUUGCUCGAAGAAAGAAUCAGGGCACUACAGAAUCCUGUGCCCCCUACUGCUUAUCAAAGGAUGGUCCAAUAUCAAGAUAUUUCUAAGAAGGCUGAUGCAGAACGCCUUAAGCGUCCUGAUUACAGACCAUUACUUGAGCAUUAUAGCCUCCCUUCUCAAAGGCAACAUAAUCAGGAUACUAACAAGUUGAAGACUAGAGAAGAGUUAUUGGCUGAAGAAAGGGACUAUAAACGCAGAAGAAUGUCCUAUCGUGGAAAGAAGCUGAAGCGAACAACAAAAGAGGUGAUGAGGGAUAUCAUAGAAGAUUACAUGGAAGCUAUUAAGCAAACAGGAGGUAUUGGAGCCUUCUCAAAGGGAGAUGCAGAAGGAGCAAUGUCAACAUUUAAGAAUUCUACUGCUCUUAGUUCCACAAAUCUGGAGACAAAGCAUCACUUUCAAAAUAAUCAGCAUGCUGGUGAUAGGAAAUUUAUUGAUAAAGACUAUUAUCUUGUGGACAAAACUCCCAUUGAUCCUUCUCUUUGUAGGAAGGGGAAGGAAUCUUAUGAUAGCGGAGAUCUUGACAAACAAAGAACAGAUAGGAAUAGAUGUUCAAGGGAUUAUCACUCUAGAAGCUCUAGUAGAGAUAGAAGACACAACCAUUCAAGGGAGUAUAAAAGACACAAAAGGAACCAAUAUGUUUCGGAAAAGGAUGAAGAUGAACGAUCUAAAUUCAACUAUUCUUUUCCUAAUGAUUCAGGCUGUUAUGAUAAGAUUUCUCUGUGUUCUUCAUCAAGUUCUCUUAGGAACCAUUCUGGUUGGAAGCAUAAAAGGAAGUUAGAAUCUUCGGAUACACAUAGAUGGGAAAGACAUGAGAAUGAUGAAUCAAGUUUGUUUAAAAGGGAUGGAUUUAGUGAUAGAUAUGAUCCUUCUGAAGCCGAUUAGCUCAUUGGCAAUCAGUCCACAAGGCAAAGUCCUAGUGCUCGCAUGAAGAUUGAGAAAAACAUUCUGGAUUCAUUUUAAGGUUUGAAGCUUUGGAUUUGUGGUGUCGAAGACUUGAUGUUGCUUUGGCAGGUAUGUAAAAUCAGGUUUUAGCAUAAUUCAAUGGCUUUUGAUUCAUUUUUAUUGUGAAUGAUUUCCUGUAUUAUGUUUUGACUUGCUUUAUUGACAACAUUUCUUUGUAGGAAGUCAUUCAAGUUUCAACAAAUUUUUUCUUUGUUCGUAUCCUUCAUUGUAUCCUUUAGUACUUUUCUUUUGAGGCUAUGAUUUCUAUUCAUUGGUUUUUUGUUUUAUGUCUUUUUUGAUCUGCGUGAUGUCGUUUCCCCUUCUUCGUUUCUUGCCUUUUUUUUUUAACAAUAUCUUAUCUGAUGUUGCUUCUUGUUUAGAGGGAAAUGCAGUUGGCCGACAAAAUGGUAAAGUGAAAGCAUAUUUAUGUUGAGUUGAUGUUUGCUACACAUUUGAUUCUUUUCUAAUAUAUUACAUUCAGCAUAAAUCGCUUUAUAUAAUUGGCAUGCAGUCUGAAGCAUGUAAUGGAUCGAGUCAUCCAUAGAUGAUUAAUGUUAGGUUUCGACACAAUCUGUAGCAAAAGUAUGUAAAUAGAUGAAUAUGUAUGAAUGACGUUGAAUGAAUGUAUUGAUGAAAUCGUAAAUUAAUUGUAACCUAAAAAUGAUUACAAUACAAUGUGAUGAUUCAAGCAGUUCAUCUGCUUGUCCAAUUUUAUUACAAGAUCAUUGAAUAUUUCCCACCCUC